GACUCAAUCCCUGGAACUGUCAACUCCUUCACCUUGCAUUUCUCUUCCACUAUGAGCAGACCAACUCUGUUGCACGGCUCUGUGGCUUUCUGUAGCAUUGUCUGCCUCACCCUAGCCACUCACUGUCUAGCUUUCCCAAAAGUGGAAAAGAGGGAGACAGCACAUGCUCAUGGGGAGACACAGCAGUCCUGGGAGAUGAACACGGGUGACCAAGAAAACAUCUCCUCUGCUCCAAAGCACAUGUCCCAGCAGAUGCCCUCUGAAUCUCCUAUGGUGCUGUCUGCAGGAUCAUCAGUGAUGCAAUUAAAUAAAGUAACCUCUGUCAACAAAGAACGCCAUCUUCCAGGAGCUGGGCUUCUGCAUCCUGACAUCCCUGAUCUUCACUCUUCCAGUGAGCCAGUGAUCUCAGCCAGUGAAGAAGGGCAUGGUCCCAGACAGCUUGCAAGGAUGUCUCCUGAACACAGAGUUUCUAAGGCCAUGUCAAUCAUUGCUGUCUCUUCCCCUACUUCUCUUAAUCCUCACCUGGAGGGACCACAUAGCAGUUCUAGCAUCCAGCCCAUUAGAGAAGGGAUCACAGACGUAACACGUGACUUCCUUAAGUAUGUGGAUAAUGAGUUGUUUGCCACUGAAAGUCAGGAAGCAGUUAGCUUGGGAAACACAGCUACAUCUUAUAUAAAAACCAAAGAAAUGCUAACUGCCAAUCCAAGAACUGAGAAAUUUGAGACAGAUGCAUCCAAGGGGAUGACUGCUGUUCCUAGUAUUGAUUCCACAACAGACACAGAGCCUGAUGGGAAGAGACCCUCAGAGAAACCAGGUGGCAAUUCCCAGACCACUGCCACCACACACUUAGUGUCAACCCCUGAGGAUAUCUUGAAUAUUGAUCCAACAACUGGCAGUCUUCUGGGGGACCUCAAGGUCACAGUGAGUGCCAGCACAGCUGUUCCUGUUUCUUCUGUCUCAAGUGAUGAGUGGGAUGACACCAAAUUUGGGAGUGUAGGUCUCAUAGGGACGCCAGAUUCAGGAGACAAUACAGAGACUCAAGUGAGUACGGAGCCCCCACAUGAAGCAUAUGAAAACUUUGAAGGGGCUGAGGGGACCCUCACUUCCACAGAGGUUAACAAGGUGGCUCCGGGGCUGCCUGAAGGAGAAACGCCCAUGGGAACAGCCCUGAUGAUUGCACUGGAGGAGGAGAGAUCACCUGAUUAUACCCACCAAGCUCCCUUUACUCCCACGAGUCCAACAGAAGACCCUGAAGUUUCCACUACGAACCCGUUCCCAAGUGCUGGAGGCUUCACAGCACCCACUCUGGAGGAUAGGACCACGCUUUUCUCAAAAACCAUGGUUUCUACCUCUCAGUAUGAGUCUGACGCACAUCGGGCAGCAGGAAGUGUGCCAGAAGACAUCACUCAAGAGAUGACAAUGUCCACUCAAGAACCAGACCCCACAUUACCCUUGGUGACACAAGAGCAUAUUGAGGUUCCCAGAGGCAGUGGGGAGCCUGAAGAAGGCAUGCCAUCCCCCGCUCCUGUGUCUGCUGAUGUGGAUGCCACUGAGCUGUCCAGACAAUGGGUGUCUCUGGCCACUCCAGCCCACCCCACUGUUGUCCCUUCGUCUCUCGAAGUUACCUCUUCUAUGGAAGACAUAAUGGACACAAUCACUGUGCCAAAUGAGGACUUCAUACCAUUUUUGGGCUCUCCAAUGACAUCCCCUGCAAUGACUGUGGAAGCUCCCACAAUUUCUCCAGCACUCUUUUCUGAGGGAAGAAUUGUUCCAUCUAUCAACUACCCAAAUACAGCCACCUCCUAUGGCCUGGAACAACUUGAAUCUGAAGGUACCCUUGUCUCUGACCACAUAUUUUGAAAAACAAAGAAGUAGCUUUAACUUUAUGUCAUUGGGUUAACUGUCCUGCCACCAAAGAGUUUUUAGUAAAACCCUCUGCCUGGGGUUUCUCCCUGUGAUUUUAAUUACAUUUACAUUUAAAAUGAAUGUCUUAGUUGGUUCCACUAUUCAGACUGGAUGAGAAUAGUAGAUUUAAAUGGAGGAACUGCAUUGUUUUUUUUUUCCAUCUGACUGACUGAGGAACAUUUAUAGGUCUACUGUCCUUUCAUAACAUCACUCUAUGAGUACUGGGAUGUUCUCUUCGUAACAACAUUGAGUUACUGUCUAGAGAUAAACAACUUCUUUGUUAAUUAAUGGUGAGAAAUUCAUGACAAGUUGUACUGUCUAAGGCAUUGGCU